AUGGCGAUCAUGUUCGUCAUGGUGCAAGCACAGCAGGGCGAUAUUCAAUGCCGCUGCAGGACACACAUUACGAACUCCGUCGUACAAACAGGCGGCCAAAAGCUGUGCGGUCAAAAGGGCGGCAUCCUCAGCAGCAACAGCCAGCUAUGCACCAAUCUCUCUCAAAACUUCACCGACACAGACUGCCAGGCGUUCGGCGACUCCUUCUUUGCAACAUGCGGCACAGCUCGUUCACCAGUCAAGAGGGGCAUCUACAAGCGCGAGGUUACGCCUAUUCAGACGAGGCCCAAGAGAGGCUGGCAGUGGGGUGGCCGGGAGCCGGUUCAUCUGCUCGUAUCCCGGCGUCCGAUCCCCGAGAGAUUCUCCAAGAACUGA